AUGCCGGCUAUGGUGCGGAAGGCGAGGCUGAGGGAUCAGUUUGGGUUGGGCUUGGCGAUGAGAAUGGAGAGGCUGCCAUCGGUGAGGAGCAGUUUGGAACUCAUGAGAGUUUGCACUGACUAUGUACCUUCCAAGGCUCAGUUUCAGUUUCCUCUGUUUCUUCAGUUUGAAGACCAUUACCUGCAGCCUUGGAUUGAUACAAUGCAGCCAACUCUCAUAGUCAAGGGUCGACAUACAAUCCGCAGUGAUUGCUUCAAAAAAUUUGAGGACCUGAAGAAAGAGCUUCAUACUGAACUUCAGAGUUUGGACUCUCGUGUUUGCCUGACAUCAGAUAUUUGGACGGCAUCACAGAACUUAGGAUACAUGGCCAUAACAGCCCAGUACGUUGAUGCAGAAUUCAAGAUCAAGAAAAAGAUCAUUUGGUUUAAAGUACUAGAGUAUCCUCACUCAGGCUUUGCAAUUGAAGAAGAAACAAUGAGGUGCUUGACAGAAUGGGGCUUAAGGUAUAAAUUGUUUACUUUGACAUUAGAUAAUGCAAGCAAUCACACUUCGGCAUGUGAAGAGUUGGUCAGAAAUCUUAAGCAUGAGUUAUUGUUUGAAGAACCACCUACUGAGGAAGAAUGGGCAAAGGCAGCAGCAGUUUCUGAAUUUCUGAAAGCAUUUGAAGAACUAACACUUGUUGUCUCAGCCCACAGGGAGCCUCCAGCACAUAGGUUUUUGCCUUUAGUGCUUUGUAUCCUUCAUGCCUUGAAGGACCUGGCCUGGCAAAGUACCGAUCUGCUCAAGGAGUUGGCUGUUUCCAUGCACUCCAAGUUUGAGAAAUAUUGGAAUCCUACUGAAGAUGAUCUUCAUAAUGUAGCUAACCGCAAGAGAAAGAAGAAAGAAAUUGCAUUUAGUGUUGUCUUAGUCAUUGCCACUGCCUUGGAUCCAAGAAGGAAGGCUGACUACUUGAAGUUCUUCAUUGAGAAGGUGUUCAGUGAUCCAAGUAAGACUAAUAAUUAUGUGAGGUAUGCCUUGGAAUGGAUGAGAAAGUACUUCACAUUGUAUGAGCAGCGAUGUGCAAGUAGUGUGGACAUGAUGACACGUGCUAAUCCAGCCUCUACUACUGUUGGGUCACCCGUUCUUGGAAAAAGAAAGCUAGAAGUGGAAUUUGCUCAAUACACAACACGACUAAGAGUUGCACAGGCACGAAAAUCUGAAAUCGAUACAUAUUUAGAAGAACCACUUGAGGGGGAUAAUGAUGAUUUUGAUAUCCUAACAUGGUGGAAGAGCAGAUCAGACAAGUUUCCUGUAUUGUCAACUAUGGUUCCAGACUUCCUUGCUAUUCCCCUUAGCACAGUUUCAUCGGAAUCUGCUUUUAGUUUAGGAGAAAGAAUUCUUGGAGAACGUAGAAGCUCACUAAUGCCGGAAAUGCUCAAGGCCCUUGUAUGUGCUAAAGAUUGGCUAUUCAAGACUGCUGAAGAUCAACAUCUGGAACUUGAAGGUCUGGAACUUGAAGAGGGCUCUAGCAGUAGCAGCUUUGAUUAG